AUGCCUCCCGCUCAUGACUAUCGCAAAGAGCAUGAUUGGACACAAUUCGAGUUGCAGACAAUGCUUGCAUUGAUAGUUCGUGGAGUCCAUCUUCCUGACUAUACGACUACCAAUCGCCUUACUUCCGAAUAUGCUGCUAGACAAAGGACUUAUGAGAAUUUCUGCACUGCUCUGAAUACUGCUCUUCACAAAGAUGACUACGCUCAAGACAUCUACUCCAAAGACAUUAUCAAGCAGUUGGAGAAGAUGUUGAAGGAGCGUAAACACGUGGUAGGCCCCGGCGGACUGGUGGAACGAGGCAAGACGCGUCGCAUUACUAGAGCACUGACGAAUGCGUGGAAUCGUGGUUCACAGAUGAAUUUUGAUGGCUCCAUGGGAGAGUGGGAGGAAUGGAGAAAACGUGCAUUAGAGAAUGAGUCUCGUCGCGCCAAGGGACUAUGUUCUAUUGAGGAGGAAGAAGAGAAGAAGGAGGCGAAGAAAAAGCAAGAGCAAGAAGCCAUGAGGUUGGCCAUGCUGGCUGCAGAACGUGCAAUGGCGAGUCGUGGCGAUGGAAACACGGGCAACAGUUCAUACCUCCAAGACGCAUUUGGAAAUAAAACGUCAGAGGAAAUUGCUCACCUGUUCUCAAAAAACUCUACAUCUCGUAGCGGGAGCUCUACCUAUGACCCUCAGCCUCGUCGACCAGCAAUGAGCUCGGCUAUAACCCCACAAGCCUAUGACAGAUCUUAUUAUGAAACCGCACAAGAGCUCGAUGCUCGGCGAGAUCUGGAGCCGGGGUGUUCUGAGGGCUUUGAUUCUGUAGUCUCUCCCCCUUAUAACGGGAGGAUGUCGCCAGAACUUGAUGAGCACGUUCAAGCGAAUGCUUCAGCUUCCACUGACGCAGUAGCAACCCUUCAGUCGAAGGCUUAUGAGCGUCGAAAAUCCUAUGCUGCAGAUGAUUUCAUCUCUACCAUGGGAUCUCCGCCAAUGGCUAGUACCCCUAUGCCAUCACCGGGUCGGGGCAAUGCUCAAGCAUCUUCUUCAUUCGAGGUCAUUCAGGACUCCGACAACAUUGUAAGACCUCCGUCGUCUCAUAUCACUUCACCCUCAGUAAAGAGAAGAAAAUUGGCAGGUAUGAGGCGUCGAAAGAAUGCCGACCUUAAAGCUUCUGAGCGAGCUGAUGUUCCUUCUUCUAAGCCAGAGCAAAUCUCACUAUCGUUUCAGCGACCUGUAGAACAAUCUUCCUGGGAGGUUGGUUCCGAACAGCUUGCCCGAGACACAGAUGCCACUGCUGCAUUAUCGGAGAAUCAAAAGAAGCCUGAGAGACGAGAUGAGUAUGGAAGACCUCUACCUGAUCCAGAUACAUAUGCGGUUGGGGCGACGAAGUUUAUCGAUACAUCUUGA